GAAAGAAAUAACUUUCCAUUUCACCCUUUCAAAAAGCAACUGAGAAAAAAAAAAAAAAGCAACUGAGAGAUAUUUCAGGGCUUCAACAGCAAAGUGCUGCACCAGACUCAUACUUUCAGAGCAGCUGCUGUGGGAGAAAUGGUCCAAAGAAGGUCAAGAGCAAAAGCAGGGAAACCUUAGGAUGAUGCAGUGGUUCUAGGUACAGAUGCCAAGGCCUGGGAUGAGGAUGGAGGCUGUGGAGGAGGUGGGUGAAAGAAAACAGAAAAGAAAGCUGUUUGGGAGGUCGUGUCAAGAUAAUUAAGGUGAUCCGUCAGCUCUCAGUGGGGGAGGGAGAAGUCAGGAUGAUGCCCCAGUUCUGGCAGAAAUGCCAAGAUGGAUGGGGGCCAUUCUCGGAGACAGGGACUACGUUCGGGGAAGGCCUGAUGGGGACCGCAAGUUCAAAUUCAGAUGAGUUGAAUUCAAGUGGGGAUGUCAUGUACACCACCCCCAGCAUUCUCCAAGAUUCAAGGAAAUUGAACUCUGUCUAGGAAGCCAAGUCUGACCAUCUCCAAUGAGGGCCCAGACGGAGAAAAGAUGAGUGGUGACGGAUCUUCACCUAAGCAGCAGAGACAAGAAUCAGAGGGAAGCUCCCCUCAGGUAGCACAGGAGAAACCCCUCUGCCUGUCUUCUCCGGCCGCUCCCGACGACCUGCACGCGGAAUCUCUGAGGCCCGAAGAUGACUUCUGGGGCCCCACAGGGCCUGUGGCUAUCAAGGUGGUUGACCAAGAGAGGAGCCUUUACCGAGUUCACUUCCCCAUGGCCGGCUCCUACCACUGGCCCCACACAGGUCUCCACUUUGUGGUGAGAGGGCCCGUGACCAUUGAAAUUGAAUUCUGUGCCUGGGACCAGUUCCUGAACAAGACCAUCCCACGUCCCAACUGGAGAGUUGCAGGACCUCUCUUUGACAUCAAGGCCGAGCCAGGAGUCGUGGCAGCUGUGUACCUCCCCUACUUUGUGGCCCUCCAAGAGAGCUGUGUGGACAUCUCCUGGUUCCAAGUUGCCCACUUCAAAGAGGAGGGGAUGGUCUUGGAGAAGCCAGCCAUGGUGGCGCCAUCUUACGCCGUCCUGGAGAACCCCAGCUUCUCCCCCAUGGGAGUGCUGCUGAGAAUGGUCCACACUGCCCUGCGCUUCAUUCCCGUCAUCUCCACAGUGAUGCUCUACCAUCACCCCCAUCCUGAGGAGGUCACCUUCCACCUCUACCUGGUCCCCAGCGACUGCUCCAUUCAGAAGGUGCCCCUGAGAGCCAGAAAGGCCAUAGAUGAUGAAGAAAGGAAGUUCCAAUUUGUGCGAAUUCACAAGCCACCCCCACUGAACCCGCUGUACUUGGGCAGCCGCUACAUUGUGUCUGGUUCCGAGAAUCUGGAAAUUAUUCCAGAGGAGCUGGAACUCUGCUAUCGGAGUCCCAGAGAACCCCAGCUAUUCUCUGAAUUCUACGUUGGUCAUUGGAGGUCAGGGAUCAAGCUGCAAGUGACCAACAAGAAAGAUGGGAUUGUGGUAUGGGAAGCCUUGGUGAAACCAGGAGACCUCAGACGUGCAGCUGCUCAAGUCCCUACAGGCCCCAUAGCCUCACCUUCACCCUCAAAAGCCCCGGGCUCACUUCACUUCGUGGACCGGUACCGGGAGCAGCUGGUGGCUCGAGUGACAUCAGUGGACCCCAUCCUGGACAAGCUGCAUGGACAGGUACUGAGUGAGGAGCAGUAUGAGGGGGUGCGGGCUGAGGUCACCAAGCCAGACCAGAUGCGGAAGCUGUUCGGCUUCAGCCGGUCCUGGGACUGGGCCUGUAAGGACCGCCUCUAUCAAGCCCUGAAGGAGACCCACCCUCACCUCAUUGUGGAGCUCUGGGAGAGGUGGGGGUUGGAGAAGACCACUGGGGCUUCCUGCCAAACUCAGAAGCUGUCUGAACACCUGCUCUGAUCCCGGCUGGCUCAUGGGCCUGUUUCUUUAUCUGUGAACAAUUGCCACCUGAGUUGCCUUCUCAGCCUAAAGUUAUGAAACUUUGACGAUGGCUUUGCCAGGUGUAUGUCCAUGCCCGGGGAUGCCACCCAGGCCCCUAGACUGCCUUCCAUGGCUUUCAUGGGCCAGCCAUCCAGGUAGGAUGAUAGCAUCUCAGGGAGUGUCCACUGGGAGCUGGAAGGACUUCUGCAGGCUUAUAGAAGCCUAAUCCAAGAACCUGGUUUGGGGGCCACUGCAGCCAAGCUUAGAGCCCCCUCUGGACCAUCCUCGUGACGAGGAGUAAGGAAGACAUGGGACCAGCCACCCCUGGCUGGAGACAGACAAUGGAAAUGGACACCUGGUUGGGGGGGUUGUUGACUGGCUUGUGAACAGGGGCAAAGGCAGAUUGGCUUUUCACUUGCCCACACUGAGCUUGGUUUUUGUAUUAGUCCCAACUGUGCUUCAUUGUUUCUGAAGUCGAGAUGGAUCCCGAGAGCCAGGAGACGGUGAAGAAGGAGGGGGGAUGAAGGCCUAGUGGCAGCCCAGAUGUCCCCUCCUGUGGUGCCAACCCUAGAGAAAUAAAAGCAGAGGUCCAUAUAGUUUUAUACACUAAAUAAAUUUUUUAAAAGAUUUA